AUGACCUCUGGUACUCGGAGCGAAUCGACCUCUCCAAAGACUGUUCCGCACUUUGCGGCAGACCAAGCUUCGCAUACUCCUGCAUCAACUUUUAAUACAAUGCCAUCUCCAAGGCCAUUCCAUCAAGAACCAAUUUUAUCCACAAAUGCUUCAUCAUCAAUACCAGGGAAAAAAAAGGGCAAGCGUCGAAAGGUCCUCACAGGAUUCCCACGAAGACAAUUGUUAAAAGUCCACAGUGCCAGCAAAGCUAAAAAAGCAGAGAUUCCGGCCAUGAGUCGUCUUUGGGUUAUAGGUUGGCUCAUUAAGAGGUUCGGAGAACCAAACUUUAUCAAAAUCCAUUACAUUUAUAUUCUUGGUUGCAUCUUCGGCUCGUCAUUUCUUAUCGCAAUCUGUGGAGGAAUCAAAUACAUUGAUGCUUUGUUUUUAGCAUCUUCUGCCUGCACUCAGGGUGGCAUUGCUACGGUCGACUUUAAUAAGCUAAAUACUUAUCAGCAGGUAGUACUACAUUUGACCCCAAUCUUCACUUCUCCAAUAUGGAUUAAUGGAGCCCUUGUCUUUGUGCGUUUACAGUAUUUUGAAUGGCGGUUCAAAGGCAUCAGUCAAAAAGCUAAGGAGCAAUCGCACAUGCGCAGAAAAACUUUUGCGGAGACUCUCAACCCUAAAAAAUUCAACUUGUUUCAACGCGCAAUGACAAGGAACCCCCAAGAUAUGGAGACCUUAAGUCAUUUUUUUUCUCAGCGACAUCCCGAUAAUGCUGAUAGAUAUCACACGGCAAUUCAUUUCCCCAGUAAUCUGCCUGAACCUCCGUCAACAAAUGCAAUUCAUCGUAUUCCAACUAGAUACCCAAACCAUGAAAGCGCGCAGCCAACUGAUAUUGCCCACUCAUUAAACAUUAUGGAAAACCUACUUUCUAGGAAGCCGCACCAAGAACUGGAGGACGCCGAAACUUUUGUGGUACCCACCCUUGCAGAACAAGAAGACGCCGAUGUCGCCAGCCUUACCCACAUAAAGUCCCAAAGCUCAAACGGAUCUGCAGAAUCAGCCCCGGUGUGUGACCCAAACCCUAUAAAACCGGUUCUUCCAGAGCCUGGAGUUCUCAAGGCUCCCAGUAUUGCUGGAUCCAUUGUAGAGCCCCCUCCUAUCAAUCUACAUACCAAAUUUUCAAAUGACUUGACAGAACGGCACAUGCCUGAUUUGGAAGCUGGAAUGGCAGAAAGCCCUGUUUUCCAUCGGCUUUGGACUCUUACUCGUCACCGCACACACUCAGACGAAAAUAAUGAACAAGAAGAGCAAGAAAGAUUAUAUGAAUGGCGCCAGAAACAACACAAGGCUUUGAAUGACGAAGACCCUCCUUUACGUCGAUUUAUCCUUUCUCUACGUUUUUGGAAGUGGUUUUCGCAUGACAAGGAUUUGCCGCGGACCAAGUCCACAAGGUAUCAAAAACAGCAUUGGUGGAGGUUUUCUUUUUUUUUUGGUCCUCCAAAGGAAUCCUUUAGCAACUACUUGCAAUGGACUCCAACUAUUCAUGGUAAUUCCAUGUUUGUGCAUUUAACUUCAGAGCAAAAGGAAGAAAUGGGUGGAAUUGAAUAUCGAGCUCUUAAACUACUAGCCAAAAUCUUGGUUGGAUAUUACCUUGGCUGGAAUCUUGUGGGAAUCAUUUUGUUAGCUCCAUGGGCACACAUUACAAAAAAGUAUGCAGAAAUAUUUCAUUUAGAUGCAGUUAACCCAGCCUGGUGGGCCGUUUUUCUUGCACAAUCCGCCUUUAAUAAUGUAGGGUUUGCACUUACCCCAGAUUCAUUACAGUCUUUUAAAGAUGCAAAGUAUUUGUUAGUCAUAACAACUUUCCUCAUGAUUAUAGGAUAUUCUGGGUUCCCUUGCUUGCUUCGCCUUACCAUUUGGCUCAUGCAGCAACUUUCUGAUCCCCGAGGAGAACUUCAUGAGUCAGUGACAUUUUUACUGGAACAUCCACGCCGGUGCUUUACUUUAUUAUUUCCCUCUAAUCCUACAUGGUGGCUUUUUUUUAUUAUUAUCAUUCUAAACUGCAUUGAUGUGUUUUUCUACUUGGUGUUGGACAUCAAUAACCCUCAUUUUCUUGGAUUGUCAUGGGCAUCACAUGUUAUGGAUGCUAUAUUUUCUUCAUCAGCCACGCGAACUAGUGGGCUUUCGGUUGUUGAUUUGAAUAUUUUACAUCCGGCAGUGGUUGUUAUUUAUGCAAUAAUGAUGUACAUUUCUAUUUAUCCCAUCACUAUCUCGGUACGUAAUACGAAUGUAUAUGAAGAACGACCACUGGUUGUUUACAAAGAAGAAGAACCUCAUCAUGAAGAGGAAGAGGAAGAGGAAGACCGGAGCCUUGGAAGUAGUAGUAGCGGGUCUGAGGAUGAUUGCGAAAGUGCAUCGGAUGAAAGUGAUGACACAAGUACCGAUAGUGAUCGGCCAGGUGUAAUUUCACAAACUUUGAGGCAACGGAGACCAGAUAAGGAUGAAGAUGAUGAGGAAGAUGAACAAGAACUGAAAGACCAGGCUAAAAAACGACAUUCUAGACUACCUUCUAAACUUCCGCUUCUUGGUAUUCCUGGGAUUUCUACAUCUUGGGGGUCACAUAUUCAGCGCCAAUUAUCUUUUGACAUGUGGUUCCUUUUUAUUUCCUUUUUUGUACUGUGCAUAACUGAUGGCGGCCAGAUUGGAAAUGAUCAAUCUAAGGGUCAAAUUCCUCUCUUUAACGUAAUCUUUGAGGUUCUUUCUGCAUAUUGUACAGUCGGGUUGAGCAUGGGAUACCCAAACACUACACCAGCACUGAGCGCACAGUUUUCAGUUUUGGGGAAACUCAUCAUUUGCUUAUGUCUUUGGAGAGGCAGACAUCGUGGUUUACCAUAUGCUAUUGAUCGUGCAGUAUUGCUUCCAAUGGAUCUUGAACAACAUGAUGAGGACCAGGAAAGACGUGUUAAGGCUGCAACGACUUUUGCAGCUGUAUCAGCUACAGAAGAGCAAGCCGAGCGUAAUGCUGAGAGAACAGGAAGACAUUAUAGUGCUGAUGAUACACUUGUGUUUGCACCACCUCCACCACCGCUAAUCCGGCGUGUUUCCACAAAGAGAAUGAAGAGAUCUAAUACAGAGUUUGUUCCCAGGCAUGGAAUCAUCUAUUAUCCGAGGUCAAUGUCUGCCGGUGAAGGCCCAAGUUCUCGACGAUAA